ACGACGGUGACGACGACGACGACGACGACGACGACGACGGCGACGGCGACAGCGACGACAACGACGACGACGACGACGACGACGACGACGACGACGGCGACGACGACGAACACGACAAGGACGAGGACGACGUCGACGAAGACGUCGACGGCGGCGGUGGUGGCAGCUACGACUUAAGCGACGUUCUCCGUCGCGUACCCCGCAUCAUCCUAUUCUCUGCUCGUAAUCAUAUCUGGAUUUCAUUAUCGUUGUUGCAAAUCCUUUCAGGGAAUUUCGUAUCGUAAGGAAAAAUCAUGUGACUUGGCCUACUCCAGGGAUUGCCGAAUAAAACAACGCAACGACGAAAAGUCCCGAAGCAAGGCCAAUAAUUGUAAAAUGUCUGGAUUCGCGUCGGCGAGUCUUAUGGCCUUCAAUUCCUUCAAGUCUAAAGCAUCGGAGAAACUUUCUGGAUUCAGAAGGAGUAAUGCCGGCUACGAGGAAUUUGAAAUGCCUCCAGAGGCAAGCAAAGACAACAGAGGAUUCGAGGAUGAGCGGGGAUACAGUGGACAAGCGUCUUUCGAUUCGCUUCCAGAACCAGAAAGACCACCUUUACGACAUAUCGAUACUUACUGCAAACCGGAAUUACCCUGUUUGUCUAAGAGAUACACCGUCGCCGUAUUGGCUUGUUUAGGAUUCGUCAUCUCAUUUGGCAUGAGGUGUAACAUGGGAAUGGCAAAACUGGUGAUGAAGAACACGACCGAAGAGGGCGAGCAAUUAAAGUUCAAUUGGACGGUCGGCACGGAAAGUGCCAUGGACUCGUCCUUCUUUUGGGGUUAUCUUAUAACUCAAGUCCCGGGUGGAUUUCUAGCCUCCCUUUACCCCGCAAAUAGAAUAUUUGGUGCGGCUAUAGCGAUAUCUUCAUUUCUGAAUCUCCUCGUGCCUGGUGCUCUCAAGGUCGAUCCGAUCGUCGAUAUGAUCGUCCAAGCAUUGAAAGGUUUUGUCGAGGGCGUUACAUAUCCAGCAUGUCAUGGUAUUUGGAAAUUUUGGGCGCCACCACUCGAAAGAUCACGUCUGGCCACCUUGGCAUUUUGCGGAUCGUACGCCGCGAUGGUAAUAGGAAUGCCGCUUUCCGGUUUGUUGAGCAAUUGGUUCGGUUGGACGGCGUCCUUUUACUUUUACGGCAUCGCCGGUUUAAUUUGGUACUGUUUCUGGCUUUGGUUGGCUUUUGAGAAACCAUCGAAGCAUCCUUCGAUCUCUGCGAAGGAGCUUCGAUAUAUCGAGGACUCGUUGGGUCAAGGGCAAGUUCAGGCACCGAUACCUACGUUCUCCACGACCCCAUGGAAGAAAUUUUUUACGUCGAUGCCGGUCCACGCGAUCAUCGUCGCCAACUUUUGCAGAUCCUGGAACUUUUACCUCUUGGUCCUUUUUCAAGCUCGCUUCAUACACGAGGCCUUCAAUAUCUCUCUCGUCGAAACUGGCAUGGUCGGUUCGAUCCCACACUUGAUGAUGACAUUUAUCGUCCCGUGCGGGGGUUUGUUGGCCGAUUAUCUUCGUAGACGUGGCAUCAUGUCGACGACCAACGUUAGGAAGCUCUUCAAUUGCGGCGGCUUCGGCAUGGAGGCUAUCUUUUUCUUGGUAGUUGCGAACGCAACCAUGCACAAGGACGCUACGGCGGCGAAUUUUGCUCUCAUUUUUGGCGUUGCCUGCAGUGGCUUCGCCAUUUCCGGCUUCAACGUUAAUCAUUUGGACAUCGCACCGAAAUACGCGAGCAUCCUGAUGGGCAUGUCAAACGGCAUAGGUACGAUAGCCGGCCUUCUGGUACCGUUUUUCGUCGAUUACAUCACGAAAAAUAAGGCUGCCGAAGAGUGGAGAAACGUAUUCAUCAUUGCCGCCUGCGUUCAUUUCUUCGGUGUCAUAUUUUACGGGAUAUUUUGUUCCGGUGAAUUGCAACCCUGGGCCGAUUCCACGAUCGAAGAACAGAAGAGUUGGAAUCCUAUGGACGAGCUUAGUCAGGCGAAACCACCUGCUGUACCACCGGCCCCGGCGACGAUGCAGUCCGAAUUUAUUAAACAACCGUCCCUCGGCGAUGCCGCCGACGAUUGGAACAAUUAUUCUCAAUCGUCGAUGAUCGCCGAUCAUACGUACGGGCAACAACAAGAUAAGACACCCGUUAUAAAUUACGGAUCGACGGAGACAAACAGUAACAAUCCAUUUCACUCGACGAAUCCGUUCGCGACGGAUCUAAACGCGACUUUGGUCCAACCGCCUGCCAGAGACGAUUAUACGCACGACGUUACGCAGGAUCAAUGGAAUUGAAAUUGAUUUCUUCGCGCUAUUCGCAUAAUGAAAGUACGAGAAAAGAAAAAGAAAUGGGAGGAUGGAGCUGACCGAGGAAAGUAUUCUUCCGUCUCCGAAUGUUUAUUCAUCUUUGUUUCAUUUGUUAAUCCCCGCUUGAGUGUCUUCAUCUUGCGCAUUCGCCCGUCGGCGCAAAAACGCGACGUAAUGAGAGGCCGACACGUAUUUGUUUCCAAAGAAAAUGGAAAAAAAAUGAAAAAAAAAACAAAAAAAAAAACAAACAAAAAAAAACAAAAACAAAAAAAAAAAAACAAAAGAAAAAAAAAGAACAAGAAAAAACCAAAACAAAACGAAAAAGCGACGUUUAAACGACGCUCUCCGAGAAAAAAAAAAGAGAGAUGGAGAAUCGAUUCGAAUUCUCCUAUCUAAGAAAAAAAACUUCUUCCAGAGAGUCAUUCGCUAUUGCGAAUGCAACGAGAAAUAAUUAAUGAAAGUAAACGAGACAAUAUUAGAAACUUUUGUUAGCUUAGAAAAAUUUUACGAAGAGUUUAAUCUCAAAUCAUUGAUAUGACGAAGAUAUGAAGAAGUCGUUAAUGAUAAAGAAUAUUAAGAAAAAGAGAAGAAGAUCUCUUUUUUUAGUUAGUUAUUGAAAAUCGAAAAAAACGGUGCUUGUGUACAAGCACUUGCGUACCCUAUGUACAGGCAAAAGCGAAGACAAUAAGAAUCUUUUUGCCGACAAUAAGCAUCAUUUUACGACAAUAAUUGAAUAGAGAACAUACCCAUAGGUAUGCGCUAGUGUUUACGCGAAUAUGAAAAAAUGCCUAGAUGCACCUAAUUCGGCGAAAUUUCAAGAAAAAUGAAAGGAAGAAAGUCGGAAUUUCUUGCAAAUGCGGCACCAAAUCUUUCCCUAUGUUAUUCAUUUAGUUUUCUCUCUCUCCUUCCCUCCCCUCCGCCCUCCCCCCCCCCUCUCUCUCUCUAUAUAUAUAUGUAUAUAUAUAUAUAUAUAUAUAUAUAUAUAUAUAUGUAUGUAUGUAUAUAUAUAAAUAUUUUCUCUGUCUAUCUAUCUAUCUAUCUAUCUAUCUAUUUCUCUUUAAAAGACGAAACAAGGUCGUCUCGUGAUUGUAGAAAUAUAGCAAUAAAUUAGAAAAGGAUUUAUUCAAUCGAUACGGAUAUUAGGAGAAUUUUCCCGUCGAAAAUUGCGUGAAUCGUGACAUUCGAAUGAAAGUAUCCGCAAGAAAGUGAUAAUAUUAUUGAAAGUAAUAGCGUCGUAAGAUAAAACUCGAUGAAAGUACUAUUGAUUAACAAAAGACAGACAAGAUAGAAGAGAAAACAAAGUGAAACGACGAAAGUAAAUUGAAAGUAAAUCGAUAAAGUUUUAAUCGUGAAAUUAAGAAAAAAUAUAUGUUACAUUAUACAUGGUUUAGAUGUAUUUCUAUCAUCUAUUGAUAUUAUAGGUAUAUGAAUAUAUACAUGCUCCUCUUCUACCUAUUAUACAUAUACACGAGAUCAUGUACUGUAAUAACAUGUAUAUAUGCAGGGUGUUUACUAAGUACCUGUAAUGUGAAUUUCUGGCGUUACAUUAUCGUGUUAAUUCGUUAGAUAAAAAAGAAACUUGCUUCGAUAGUCACUCGAUGAAACUGACGGUACCGAUGAAUUUUUCUCUUUCUUUCUUUCUUUCUUUCUUUCUUUCUUUCUUUUCUCUCUUUUUUCCUCACUCUUGAAAUGAUGUCACGUUCUGAGUUUACUGCAGCGUACUUACUUACAUAACGUAUACACAUAUACAUUAGCAUUAUUAUGAUCGUUUUUGACCACAAGUUAUGAAAAGAAACGAGAGAAAAUAUGAGAUUAUGUGGAAAAUUGAAUGGAUCGAUCAUCUAUUUCCAUAGUUUCACUAGGGACGAAUCGUAAUAAUACACAUCGUGUAUCGAUGAUAAGGAGGAAAUAAGUGUGAAACCAAUUAUCGAGCGGCAUCUUUUUCGUUGCCCGAUGAAUUAGUCAAUUUAUGCGAGACCUUUUUAAGACGACAGAUACAUAUAUAGAUAUCGAUAUACGUGUAAAUCUAAUGAAAUGAAAAAUUCUUAUUAUAUACGCAUACACACGAACACAUGAUAGGUAUAUAAACCCAUUGUUAUCAUUAUUGUUAUUAUUAUUACUGUUCGUACAUUCGUAUUUAAAGAAAAGAGAGAAAGUGCGUAAGCGAACGAGUUUAUAGAAGAAUACGCAUCGUUUCGUAAUAAUUAUUGUGAGUAACGGCUAUAAUAAUUAUAUUAAAUUGGGGACAAUAUGGGGACAAUACGGGCGAGCAAAGCUAAUAAUCGUGUUAGGAACGUUAAUUAAAGUUGACGAGAGCUUUACGAGAAACGUUGCAUACCCAUUAAUAUAGCCUAUGUGUAAGCAUUUAAUAAGAUAAAUGUCGUUUGAUUUCUACAUUUUAGAAUUGUGACUAUUUUCCGGCACGUAUCUAUUUGCAAACGUAUCCAUCGUAAAUUAAGAACAUUUCGAAAGGUUUUAUUUGAUCGUGCGUUUGGUUAAAGGAUAAGAACAAAACAAGGUACAUGUGGGAUAGAUAUUUAUAGACAGAGAAGAAUCUCUGUCUCUUGAAAGAAAAAGACAAAAAACAAAAACAAAAAAAACAAAAAAAAAACAAAAAAAAACAAAAUACAAAAGAAAACAAAAAAAAAAGAAUCAAAAGGAAAAAAGUAAAAAAAAAAAAAAAAACAAGAAAAGAAAAAAAAAACAAAAAGCAGAAAAAAAUAGAAAAAAAAUACAAACGUAGUAUUACGACUGAGACAUUGUUGAUGUAUUAAUUGAUUUCCUUAUGCGAUGUGUCGACAA